UGCUUAACGUUGGGGCCCAAGAUUUCUCUUCCACACCACUCAAUUCUCCAGUAUGGCACAGCCCGCCGAACCAGAGGUCACAGUCUACUAUGUUGCAACGAAGGGGUUUCCGACGAAAAAGAACAUCUUAGAUCUUGAAAUACUCGGAGGCACUUUCAAAAUAUCCCGUGAAGACGGAAUGAAAGACUUAGAACAAAGGUUUCUUGACUCGAAACGAUGUCCUAUUCCAGGAGGAACGAUUUCCAGUAUCUUCAAGCCUCUUCAUUCUCUCGACGUUGAGCCCGUUCAUCUUCAAGAAGCCCUUGAACGGUCCACAAGACUCACCGACUUUGCCAAACCGCUCCCUCUGAGACGUUCUGUUAGGGACGCGGAAACUCUUCAAGUUCAAGAUGACACUACAGAGGUGUCUUUUACUGUGAUUCUUUUUGUAAUUCCGCCAGACAAGCCAAACGUUAGACCUGCCACUCCACAAGAGGAUGCCGAAGAACUAGAUAUUGUAGCUGAGCUCGACAGAGAUACCCAACGAUUUAUUAAACUCAUACGUGAUGGACCUACACCUUCCGCCUCUGCGAAAUCCAUCAACUACCACUCCAUCCAAGCUACCGAUGGACAAGCUCUUGUCGACGGACGGUUUAGCGGGAAAAAAUACAUCCCAACGACAGGCCUCCCCAUCGAACUUAUGCACCCAACAUUCUCUCGAUUCCUUCACAACGCCGCCAAAUCAGACCCUCCCGAGGACAUUGUCCGUAUGACAGCGGAACUCAUGCGAACUUGCUCUCAGAUCCAGGUCAGGGAAUCCCCCAGAGACAAGCAAUCGUCCGAAGUAUUGGGCAAGAUCCUCCAUUUCCCCUUGGAAAAAGUCAACAGCGGUGAUGGAUCUACCCCCGACUUCUCGAUACUAGAGCCAUCGUUCGAGAGCAUUUCUGCUUUACCGGGAUGCGGAGAAAUUAAGCCUGAACUAGGACACGGUGGCGAUCCUACUGUUCAGGGUGGGUUCUCUUAUGCCCGGUUCAUUUGCCAGGAGAAGCACGAGCCCCUUCUCAAUAUCUCGUGCUGCCCAACGUACAUGGUGGCCUUAGCAGGACCAUGGCUAUGUGUCGUUGGAGCCGUGACCACCUCCCGAACGAUCGUCCAGCGGCUGACGCCUUACGAGUGGCUAGCCGUUAGUCGGGCGAUGGACGAUGCGCAAGUCCUCCGCGUUGCACGUAUCCUUUAUGCCCUUCGAGUUGCCAUUCAUGAAGACCUCAGGAACUACUACAAGGAUCUCAAGCCUCCCACAGUCCUGGAAGGACACGUCCAUCCCCGCCAUUGUCCCUUCAUCUCUUCCUUCGAACUAGUCGAGGACGAACAGCAGGCGAGGCCAGUCGAGUUUGAUUAUGUGAAGCCGCUCGAACGUGGACACACAUGCGCCGCUUUCCUUGUCAGGAGAAGAGAUGUGAACGAAUUAGCUGUCGUCAAAUUUGUUCGUCGAUACGGCGCGGAUGCGCAUCGUCUCAUGGCUGACGAAGGUCUUGCACCGGCUUUGAUUCACUACGGCCCUCUUGGUGACCCUCAUGCCCCGGACUUACACAUCGUGGUCAUGGAACAUGUUGUUGGACGGACGCUUUACGAUCUGUACGGAGACGGGGAUCUCCCUGGUGGCGUCAAAUCCGCCAUCCAGGAUGCUCUCAAGAAACUCAACCAUGGCGGAUUUAUCUUCCCCGACCUACGCAGGCCAAACGUGAUGGUGACCACUGGCGGAGAUGAUGGCAACGUGGAAGGUUAUUUGCGUUUCGUUGAUUUUGACUGGGUUUGCCAGAAGGAUGAGGGGAUGAGGUACCCGUGUCAUCUUUCCGAGGAGCUUCGUAGGUGCUCAGGAGCAAAGGACUAUGAUGUUAUUACUCUUCAACAUCAGGAGAGGAUGUUCAGAGAGCUUUGAUUCCGCCGUGUACUAUCGCAUGUGAUGUUCAUUUUCUUUGUUUUGAAGUUGUGGUCUGUUCGCAUUCGUUACCAGCACUGUACUUUGUUUCUGUAAUACAUGGACUAAUAGUCAUCGUACCAAUCAUCAUUAAUCAUUGGCAAUGUUCUGUGACCAUCUGGAUCUGUAAUCAUACCAUGGACUCUCAAA